AUGGGUAGGAAGAGAUCUGUGUUAGAGUACAAGAACUUGAAGAUCCAUGGACAGGUUUCAUUGGGGUUGAUAUUGAUCUGCUUGGCUCAAGUUUCUCUUGGAGCCACUAGUCCUACUGAUGUUGCUGCAAUUAACAACUUACAUGCUGCACUUGGCACGCCUGUUCUUCCUGGGUGGACUUCAGCUGGAGGAGACCCAUGUGGUGAAACAUGGCAAGGCGUUCAGUGUAACGAUUCUGUAAUAUUGGGAAUAGUUCUUAAUGGCGCUAAUUUGGGAGGACAACUGGGUGAAAACUUAGGAAUGUUUGCUUCAAUACAGGCAAUAGAUCUAAGCAACAACCAUAUUGGGGGAAGUAUUCCAUCCAAUUUACCUGUUAGCUUGCGAAACUUUUUUCUUUCAGCUAACCAAUUCACUGGAAGCAUCCCAGAUUCUCUUGCUUCGUUGGCUGAACUCACAGACAUGUCUCUUAACAAUAAUCUUUUAACUGGAGAAAUACCAGAUUCCUUUCAGAGCAUCACAGGGUUGAUCAAUUUAGAUUUGUCCAGUAACAAUUUGAGCGGGCAACUGCCACCCUCUCUAAAAAGCCUAGUAUCUCUGACCACUCUACAUUUGCAGAACAAUCAGCUGUCUGGAACCCUAGACGUUUUGCAGGAUCUUCCCCUAAAAAAGAUGGGAAUCCAUUCAAUUCUUCUAUUGCUCCAGUCCCUCCACCCACAUCUCUCUCGACUCCACCCCCCACCUCCACAGUCUUUUUGGGGACCACCUACUGGAAAACCACCUGGCAGAACACCUGGAAGAACACCUGGGAAACAAGCUGAUGGACCAUCUUCACAAGAUACAUCAAAUUCUGGAAAAUCAAAGAAAUUUUUAACUACUAAAAGGGUAGUUGGGAUAUCAAUUGGUGGGGUCUUGCUUUUUGUUAUUUUGGUACUAGCAAUUUUGUUUUUUAUGCCAAGACGUGGCAGAAGAGAAGAGGCGGACAGAAUUUCCAAGCGGCAUCAAAUAGUUCCGAAAGAGGCAGUUGUGAGGCCCAAAGAGGAUAAUGAAACAGAAACCAGAAGAACGUGGGCAAUUCCAAAGCCAAAUGAUGAGCAAGAUAGAAAUGUCCAAAGGACGGGCACAGUAACAAGGCAAGAAUCUGAUUUGAGUGCACUUGAUAUGUAUUUGACGCCUCCUCCUCCUCCUCCCCCUCCUCCCCCCUCCUCCACCACCACCUGCAUGCUGGGAAGUGUCUAUAGGGCACAGCUUCCUAAUGGAAAGCUACUUGCAGUCAAGAAAUUGGACAAGAGAGCUUCCAGUCAGCAGAAGGAUGAUGAGUUUCUUGAACUGGUAAACAACAUUGACAGAAUCCGGCAUGCUAAUGUUGUUGAGCUCAUCGGUUACUGUGCAGAGCAUGGUCAAAGGCUUCUUAUCUACGAGUACUGCAGUAAUGGUUCACUGCAUGAUACUCUGCACGUAGAUGAUGAAUUUAAGAAGAAACUGCCAUGGAAUGCUCGUAUUAGAAUGGCACUUGGAGCUGCAAGAGCCUUAGAGUAUUUACAUGAGGUCUGUCAGCCACCUAUUGUACACAGGAAUUUCAAGUCUGCCAACCUUCUCCUUGAUGAUGACCUUUCCGUGCGCGUUUCUGACUGUGGCUUGGCUCCAUUGAUAUCAUCAGGUUCUGUAAGUCAGUUGUCAGGACAUCUGCUAUCGGCUUAUGGUUACGGAGCUCCAGAAUUCGAGUCAGGAAUUUAUACUCAUCAGAGUGAUGUUUACAGCUUUGGGGUGGUAAUGCUGGAAUUAUUAACAGGCCGGAAGUCCCAUGACAGCACAAGGAAUCGAGGGGAGCAAUUCCUUGUUAGAUGGGCCACUACUCAGCUUCAUGACAUCGAUGCAUUAUCAAGGAUGGUCGAUCCUUCUCUAAAUGGACAAUAUCCUACGAAGUCUUUAUCACACUUUGCAGACAUUAUAUCUCGAUGUGUUCAGGUAAGCAAUGCCAUUUUUGACAUCUCGGAGCCAGAGUUCAGGCCACUGAUGUCUGAAGUCGUGCAAGACCUAUUAGAAAUGAUACGGCGAGAGCCUCAAGGCAGUGGAUCAAGUGAAGAUUGA